AUGUAUUCCGCCCAGUUUGUCUUUGUUUACAGUCCAUUGUGGCCUACUUUGUACGCACAAUCUGUCCGUCGCUCAACUGGCCCAUCAGGGCCUAGGCCCCGACUCGUCCUUACACUCCCUUCUCAUUCCUGGGCAACCCUGAGUCUUUCAUUCUUCGAGCUUAUACUCUUUGCGGGAGAAUCGAACGGAUUGUCUCUUCUAUCCAAGGACACUCAGGGGGUAGACGAAGCGAGAUACGCAGAUCUGGGUGGUUAUGGUCCUUCUCACCCUCAGACAAAACUUGGUCGUUGGCUUAAAGUGUCAGGUGUUAGUGUUUGA